GCGACGAACGGUUGUCGAAGUUUCGAAGUAGUUACUUGUUCUAGAACUGAUCAUAUUGUGGGUCCAAUCGAAGUGCCCGGGAGUGUUUGCGCUUUUAUUCUACAUACACGAAGGUCGGGGAAGAGAUUUUAGUACAACGAAUUGGAAUCGAAUUUCACGGGUGUCACGCGUGUCGCGGCGUGCAGGAAGUUUUAAUUGAUUUCGACUCGGGAAAAAGGAAAACUGCAGGAAUUCGAAACGAAUGUGAAAUUGGCCGACAGUGGUAUUCAGUGAAAAGUGAAUGCGUUUGUGAUUGAACGGGAAGGUGCAAUGUACAAGAUUGACGAUGAGUUUCGUCCCCGGGGACGGGUGUUUAUGAAGGCACAACGGGAACAUGGACACAGCUAUCAACCGUCGAGCGCACUGGUCAGUAGAUCCAGUUCGCGGAGCAGCACCACCAGUCGGAAGGGACCGGCCAUUACGACCAACCUGGACGACAGCAAUCUGCGCUUUCGGCAUGAGAUAAUGAACGAAAAGGUGAUCGAAGCGACCGUAACCGAGCAUCCAGGAGUGAUCGAAACCAUGAACCGGGAUCACUGGCGGGCUCUGCCGUCGUCCAUGAGCUAUGGAAACGAGUUGGUGGUGGCACAUCCCGGCGGGAGCCAGGUCGUGGCCGAGGUUACGCGAAACAAGCGCUUUACGACGGAGGUCCUGGGGAACACGAUGGAAACGACGAGCACUUCCCAGCGAGCAUCUGAUGGUCAUCGGCGGAUGACGACUCAUAUUGUUCGGAAGAUCACCACUUUGACGCGGGCCGAGGAGCAAGCCCAAGCGGACAACAGGAUUCGACAGAAUAGGGACGUCAAAACGACGGAGAUUGGGUAUUUGCGCAUGGGAUCGCAGGACUCGAAACGUGCCAAGAUUUCCGACAUCGUCGUCGGUCAGGAGGACAAUCUAACGGCACGGGAAGCCCUGCUCCGGUGGGCCCGCCGUUCCACAGCCAAAUACCCCGGCGUCCGGGUAAACGACUUCACCGGCUCCUGGCGAGAUGGGUUGGCCUUCUCGGCGCUCAUCCACCGGAAUCGGCCCGAUCUCAUCGACUGGCGAGAUUCGAGAUCGCGCCGACCACGGGAACGACUGGAGCAAGCCUUCCACGUGGUGGAGCGGGAGUACGGCGUCACGCGGUUACUUGAUCCAGAGGACGUUGAUACCAACGAACCAGAUGAGAAAUCGAUGAUCACCUACCUAAGUUCGCUGUACGAUGUCUUCCCGGAACCACCACAAAUCCAUCCGCUAUUCGACAUGGAAUCCCAGCGAAGGGUACAGGAAUACAGGGAACUAGCACAACAGCUACUGUACUGGUGCCGGGAGAAGACCUCUCUCCUGCAGGAACGAGCUUUCCCAACGACGUUGAUCGAGCUCAAACGAUUGCUAUCAGAUUUGAAUCGAUUCCGAAGCGAAGAAGUGCCACCGCGACAACGCGACAAACAACGACUGUUUACCAUCUACAAAGAACUGGAAAAGUAUUUCGAAUCCAUCGGCGAGGUGGAUGUGGAGACCGAGCUGCGACCCGAAUCGCUGGAGAAGGCCUGGCACAGACUCAUGUCCGCUCUGGCGGAUCGGGACAUGAUUCUUCAGCAGGAAGUGCAGCGGCUCGAACGGCUACAGAAGCUGGCUGACAAAGUACAACGCGAGUACAAGCACACCGAAACCGUAAUUACCAAGAUCGAAACUCGAAUCACAGAAGAAAGCCGACGAAUCGAACGGUUACAUCCAGUCGAAGCGAAGAACAUUGUCGAAGGACUGGAGAGCGAAAUCCGGCACCUGGAGCAACCGCUCCAGGAAAUGAACGACGACUGCCAUAACCUGAAGGACGGCCGGUAUCCACAGGCUGGAGAUCUGCACAAAAAAGUCACAAAACUGCACCAACGGUGGUCCCAGCUUCGAACUACAUUCCACACUAGUUUAGUACAAAAACUAUCCGGUCUGAGCUACCCAGUUCAGGAGACGACGAUCACGAAGCAGACGCGUGUCGUGACCGAAACACGCCAAAUCGGGACGAAUCCGUACUUCCGAGACGUCCAGGAAUACACCGAGUGGUGUCAAACCAAACUGAAACAACUACUCACCUCGGAUUUCGGUUCGGACCUGCCGUCGGCCAAGGUGGAACUGGAACGCCACCAGCACGAGCACAAAGUGAUCGAUCAGUUCCACUCGAAGAUCAUUCAGAGCGAACGGCACCAGACCAAUUUCACCGGGGACGAGCUGCAGCUGUACCAGCAGAAGCUUAGCCAGCUGCAGAAGAUCUACGCCGAGCUGCUCAGUACCUCGACCAAGCGCCUGUCGGACCUGGACGCCCUGGCGGAUUUCCUGUCGGCGGCGACGUCCGAGCUGAGCUGGCUGAACGAUCGCGAACAGAUCGAGGUCAGUCGGGACUGGGCGGACAAGAAUCUGGAUCUGUCGGCCGUGCAUCGGUACUACGAGAACCUAAUGUCCGAGUUGGAGAAACGCGAGAUGCACUUUGCCACCAUCCUCGAUCGCGGAGAGGCACUUCUAGUCCAACAGCACCCUGCCUCAAAGUGUAUCGAAGGUCACCUCCAGGCCCUCCAGUCGCAGUGGUCUUGGCUGCUGCAGCUGACCCUCUGCCUUGAGGUACACCUCAAGCAUGCCACCGAUUAUCAUUCGUUCUUCGAAGAAAUCCGCGAGGCGGAAAACUGGCUUGCCAAACGGGACGAAAUCCUGAACACCAAAUACUCCCAGUCGGAGUUUUCGCUCGACCAGGGCGAGGGUUUGCUGCGCGGAAUGCAGGACAUCCGUGAGGAGCUGAACGCAUUCGGCGAAACGGUGGCCCAUCUACAGCACCAAGCGACGACGAUAGUGCCUUUGAAACAGCGAAAGCAACCGGUCAACCGGCAGUGUACGGUGCAAACGAUUUGCUCCUACAAACAGGGUAACAUUUCGCUGGAGAAGAACGAAUCCUGCACCCUGCUGGAUACCUCUGGCAGGGUGAAAUGGCGUGUGAAAACGGCCAAGGGAGCAGAAGGAUCCGUCCAUGGUGUGUGCCUUCUUCUGCCGCCACCGGAUCAGGAAUCGAUAGAAGCUGCCGACCGGUUGAAGCGAUUGUUCGACCGUUCGAUCGCCCUGUGGCAGAAGAAACAACUGCGGCUGAGGCAGAACAUGAUUUUCGCCACCAUCAAGGUGGUCAAGGGCUGGGACUUUGAGCAAUUUUUGGCGAUGGGUGCCGAACAGCGGACGGCCAUCCGGCGUGCGUUGAACGACGACGCCGACAAGCUGCUGGCCGAAGGGGACCCUGCAGAUCCGCAGCUGCGCCGACUGAGGCGCGAAAUGGACGAGGUGAAUCGACUGUUUGAUGAAUUCGAGAAACGUGCCAGAGCUGAAGAGGAAAGCAAACAAGCAAGCCGAAUCUUCACCGAACAAUGUAUCUCCCUCAAGACCCGUCUGGAGGAGAUGGCGCGCGAGUUGGACCACAUCAUCCUCUCGCCGAUGCCGCGCGAUCUGGACUCACUAGAACAUGCGGUCCAGAUCCUGGACGACUACAAACGCCGGCUGGGUCUGCUAGAACCGGACCUGAAACAUCUGCAAGAAACAUUCCGUACUAUCACCCUGAAGACGCCCGCUCUGAAGAAGAGCCUAGACAACCUCCUGGAGUUGUGGAAAGAACUCAACACUCAAGCCAGUCUGCAUGGCGAUCGUUUGAAACUGCUCGAAGGUGCUCUAGCUGGUCUGGAGGACAACGAGCAAGUUAUUUCCGAUCUGGAGGGCAAACUGUCCCGCCAGCUGGAACUGCCGUCGUCGCAGGAAGGUCUGUAUGAAGUAUUUAAGAAACUGAGCACCAUCCAGGAAACAAUUUCGGCACAACAACCCGAAAUGGACAAAAUGAACGAUGCCGCCGACCAGCUCGGUCGAAUGGGCGUUCCGACCAAGGUUCUCAGUGACCUUAAACGGCUCCACUCGAACGUGGAACGUUUGAACUCACGUUGGAACAAAAUCUGUGGACAGUUGGCUGAACGGCUAAGAAGCGUCGAAACCGCCAUCGGACUGAUGAAGAACCUACAGACGAGCAUUGUAGUGGAAGAAACGUGGGUCGAGAAGCAGACCGAGAAGCUACAAGCGCUGCCAACGGCCACCUCCGCCCGAGAACUGGAUACCAUGCUGGGUGAGGCCAUGGAGCGUGCGCCCAAGAUCGAACAGGUCAAUCUCACCGGUGGCCGCUUGAUCCGAGAAGCUAAGAUCUACGAUGGAAAGUGCCUGCACUACAUCGACUGGCUGGUAGAGAUGCGGCCGAGCUUUUCGCCUCCCCGGCAGGACCUGAGGCCACCGGACGCCGACCCGGGUGCCACCGAGGUGUACUCGAAGCGGCUGGACACACUGAACGGUCGCUAUGAUUCGCUGAUCGAACAUCUCACGCAGCGGCUCAAGACGGCGAUCGAGGUGAAUGGCGCGGACGGAUUGCGCUUUGCCGAAAGUCUCCAGAAGCCGCUUCGAACCUAUCGGAUGGAGUUCAAUCUCGGCCGUCCGGUGAGCAGCAACGGCAACGGAGACGAUUUCCAGGAAAUAACGGAGGACGUCUAUACCAGCACCUACUCGGCAACGCAAAUAACCAAGAUCACCAACAACAAGCUGAUCUACGACGCAAUGGACUCGGCAACGGCAGCAGCAGGUAACGGUGGAGCUUCCUCCCGGGAGGGUUCCCCAAAGAAAGUGAGUAAAGUGGAACUGCACUCGGAUGUGCACCAGCCCAAUGGUGGCGGUAGCGGUAAUGCUUCCUCCGUUCAGUUCACGGAAAUCCGUAGCUUGAAGCGCAUUUCGCGCACGAACGAAGCCGUCGGGACGAACAACGGGCUCGAGGAUGGUGAUACCAUCCUGAACACACCGGGCAUCGUCGAUCCGGUGAGUGGACGCAUUCUAACGGUUGGGGAAGCGAUUCGGUUGAGGAUACUGGAUGUGCGGAGUGGUCAGUUGAAUGUGAAUGGCGAACGGUUGAGUCUGGAGGAAGCGGUACGAAGGCAACUAAUCGAUGUGGAUUUGGUGGAUAACUUACUCAGGCCGGGGGCAGCGCUGGAUCGCGACGGAAGGCCCAUGAGCCUGCUGGAGGUGAUACAGAAGGAAAUUCUCGAGGCGGAAAACGGUUACGACAGCACGGAAAAACGAAUCAAGGUAACGACCAGCCACGAGUCAUCUCCUGUCAAGCGCACCUCCACUGUAAAGUAUAACGAAAAAGAAGCAAAAAGUAUUGUCGAUGCCAUUAAGCAGGGCCUGGUCGAUACUAGCAGUGGUCUCUACCGUACCGAGACCGGCGACCUUAUCACGCUGGCCGAUGCCUACGAGUACGGUUACUUGAUUCGUAAUGAAACAAUCAAGAUUGCGCCGCACACGCUCUCUCUGACCGAUUCCAUCGGCCAGGGCCUAGUGGAUAAUGGUGGCUGGGUCACUGAUCGUAACACUGGCGAUACGUUCCGACUAGAUUCAGCGAUCGCGAAAAAUCUGGUAAAUCCCGAUUUGCGGGAGAUUGUUGACACUAAGAACGACAUCAAAAUCACGGUGGCACAAGCUUUAGAUCAGGGCAUCCUCAAUGCGAAAACCGGCCGUUAUAUGAACCCGUUGACGAAGGAGAAACUGACAUUCGCGGAGGCACGAAACCGGCAGCUUAUCUGCAAACCGAUGACAUUGAAAGACGUAUGUGAUUUAAAUUUGUUUGAUAAGUCGGAGAAAAUUGCUUCUCCCACGAGACGCGAGCGGGUCAAUAUUCCAGGUGCUAUUAGUUUAGGUGUGUUAGAUAGCGAUAGCAUUAAGUGUGUUUACAAAACCAAGGGAGAACUGCUGACGUUGAAGGAAGCCCUCGAGCAGGAGAGCAUUCUUCCGUUCGAGAACCGGUUCCGUCAGCUGGAGACCGGUGAGCUUAUGACCAUUCCAGAGGCAGUCGAUCGAGGUUUCAUCUCAUCGGUUGCCAUUAAAUCAAUUUUCACUAUUUUCGGUUUCAAGGAUCCACAUUCCGGUGAGUUCGUUUCGCUCAAUACGGCUGUCGCGAAAAAUGUAGUCCGUAAGAAGGACGGUCGCUUCCAGCUGGAUGUGGGCAAGGGAGUUCUCGUUGAUCUACACGAAGCCGUUGCUCAGGGACUUGUCCGUCCAGAAGUUUACGAAAUGCUCAGCAGAAAAAUCGGCGUAUUCGCCGAAGGGGAUCACGAAUUGACCCUACUAGAACUAGUCUACCACGAUCUUAUUGACACGAAAACCGGCUUCUUGCUAGAACAUGGUACCAACAAGGUCCUCCCACUGGAACCAGCCAUAGAACGUAAAUUCAUUACACCAGAAGGCGCCUUACUCUUGAUUAGUCUAUUGAACAUCACCCUCACAACGGAAACCGUUGUGAAAACGAUCAAACGUUAUGUUACAAUCACGCACACCGGCGAGCAGGUGGAAACCCAACCGGACGUAUUGCUUUCCUUCACCGAAGCCGUCCGCCGGGGGUUGAUCGAUGAAAACACUCGCACCUAUCGGGAUCCUGCCACCGGUAAUGUUUACUCCGUACAACAAGCUUUAAAUCAUGGCCUUAUCCUGCCAGACACGGAAGCUGUUCCGGCGCAGGAAACUGGUAGCGAAGUUCCUAGUAGUAAACCUUCUUCCAUUCCAUUACAGUUUGAAACCCGUGUAGCAAAAUCCAGCAAGGCUAAAAAUAUUCUCAUUACAACCGAGUUCUUGGCUCGGGAACGUAAGGAAACGCAAACCAUCGAACUUCCACCGAAUGGUUGGCUUCUAGCUGAUGCCAUCUCCAAGCAACUAUUCGAUCCCGUUGCCGGCUUAUUCAUUAUCCCCGGGACGGAUCGAUUGGUAAGCUUUGAAGAAUGCAUCAAUUUGAAGAUCAUCAACCGCCAGUCGGCAUUCGUUACCGAUCCGAAGAAUCCUCAACGCAGGGUCACUCUAGAAAGUGCUCUCGACAAAAAGAUUCUCGAUGGUACCGGCCACUACCAGCCAGUAAAAGCCGAUAAAAUUACCAUGAAAGAAGCUCUUGAUCGCGAGUAUAUAAUUUUCGAGCAACCCAAAGAUCGCUCAACAGACGACGCUGUGAACCGCACCAUCCAGGUGACCAAAACACCCGGUCAACCUGAUCUUAUUGAAGUUUCCUCCACCAAUGACCAAAUGGUACAGGUUCAAAGUCUAAAUACGCCGGAAAUCCUCAGUCCGGAACCCUUACAGUUGGCUCCGGGUAUCAUUUAUGACCCUUCAACAGCCCUCGUGAUCUUCACCGAUACGGGUAAGUCCGACAACAUCGUCCAUGCUGUCACGAGCGGUAAAAUUGAUCCCAACUUUGUGAAGGUCAAGGACCCCAAUAGUGGUGAGGUGAUCACCAUCACUGAAGCCGUAAACCGUGGAGUUCUUGAUCCUCAAACAGGUUCGAUUAAGGAUCGUUCUGGACGACCAAUGAGUCUGAUUGAAGCUGCUCAAAUGGGUGCCUUAGCCGUUUGCGGUGCCCCCUUGGUAGCCGCCGCAGGUGCUCUGGCUUUGCUCAAAACGAUUGUUGAUCCCACUACCGGCGAGGAAAUUCCCAUUGAGUUAGCUUACGAACGUGGCUUGAUCACCAAGAGCCAACUUCCCAGUCCAGAGCGCGCCGCUCUCAGGAAGAAACUCAGUGUUGAAGACAACAGUCGGCGUUCGUCCGAGGGUUUGAUCGUUACUGUUGGCGAUCGUAAAGAACCUCUAGUGCUACAGCGAAUGCGGAAAUGUGUCCUACGUCCGAAGGACGCUGCCGAAAAGGGUAUUCUUGAUCAGGAAACUGCUCAGGUGCUUGAAAAUCCCAAGCUCUUUGAUAAUGGUCUUUCACUUGAACGAGCAAUCUCCGCUGGCCGUUUGGAUGGUAACCGAGGCAAGAUCGUCGAUCCUCAGCGAGGUCACAUUCUGACAAUCAAUGAAGCCAUGCGUCGAGGAAUUCUUGAUCGUCACGGAACGAAUAACAUAUUUAUACCGUUGGCAAAAUCUUUAUCCAUCCCGGAACUAAAAAAGCAAGGUCUACUGGAUGUAGAAAGCUCCAAGAUCUACCACCCUGAAUCGGGUCAGCUUCUAACGUUAAAGGAAGCUUCCAUUUGCGAAAUCGUUGAUCCUUUAUCCGAAGUAGUGAUCAACGGUAACCAACGAAUUCCCUUGGAACAGGCCAUUCAAUCGGGCGCUGUUGACGCUGACAAGUGUACCGUCCAUAACGUUAAACUGAUGGAUGCAAUCGAUAACAAUGUGUUUGUAGUGCCAAAUUAUUCUGCUCAGAUCCCUCCCGUCGGGAUGACCCUUCCAGUGAUAGUUAAACGUCAACUUUUGGAUGUAGAUCGCAAAGAGAUCAUGCACCCGAUCAGUAAAAAUCGUAUGAAGGUACAUGACGCAAUCAAGAAGGAUUUCGUGAUGGCUAUUCCCUACACUCCGAAUGCAGACGCUGUAGACAUUGAGGAAGCACUGGACAAAAAGCUGAUCAAUACAUAUAAAGAGUCAUUCACAAAUCCCAAAAAUUCAGAAGAAAUCCCACUGCAGGAAGCCAUCGAAACCGGGUUACUAGAAGUGAAGCCACUUCCGGAAAUGGUACGAGGAAUGCAGGCAAAUACGGCUGUGACCUCUAUCCAAGAAACGAUUUCAUCCUCUCAUACGAUCACAACAAAAACAGUUGAAAUACAAUCCGGUUAUGCGUUGAUCUCCGCUACUGAAGUGCAAGACACGGCAACCGGUGAGAUCAUGUCAGUGGAUGAUGCUCGACGCAGAGGAAUCAUCAACGAUGAGGAACAAACGAAGAACGAAAUCUUGAACAAGGAAGUCAACAUAAACUUUAACGAUGCUCUGCAGAGGGGACUGCUAGAUGUGACCAAGGGAAUGUUCAGACAUCCAGAUAGCGGCGAUGUGAUGUCAAUUUCGGACGCUGUUGAUAGAGGGUUUAUUGCUACGAAAACGGCAAGCGACGAAGCGUUGAACCGGUCACCAGAAAUGGUGCAUAAAGUAGUUACAAGCGUUGAUAUUGCGAAGCAGGGAACAUUGCUUGACCCUAAGAAACAGGAAGUUGUUCAUAAAAUAAGUGUUGAGACAGAUCUUCGUCAAGAUCCUAUGAUCAACAACGGCCGUCAACCAGAACCUAACAAUUCUGCGGGUGACAGUAAACUUGCAGAGAACAUCAAAGACGCUGCAAAAAUGGGUUUGAUGGCAGUCGUUGGAGCGCCCAUUUUAGGAGGGAUGGCGAUCGCCGGUGCGGUCAAGAAAGUGUUUGAAAAGAAGGAAAGCGAAAAGUCUAGUUCUGUCGUCGUUGAUACGACUGGUGCAGUAGUUGAGUCAUCAAGCCAACAAUUCAGCUCAACGACGAUUCAGGUUAUUACAAAGACCGUUGAGAGUACACCUUCAAUGGGUGCCGUGUCUUCUGUUGAUAUUAGUGAAGCUCCUAUCUCUGCAAUUAAAAUAGCCAGUGUUGGACCAGACAAAGUUGACACUGAAACUGAAAUUAAGCUUGAGAAGCAGGUAGAACCUAUCGUCACUGUGUUUAGCGAAGAAACCACAUCUGCUGUGAAAACUGAAAAUACCGUGUCUUCUGUUGUUAUUACCGAAGUACCGAUGAUGCCAGAAGAUGCUUCGUUAGUCCAGGUAGGAACUGCUGAACCUGUGAAAGCUGAGGUUGAAGCUCCAUUAAAGGUUGAACCGGAGAGCUCAGGGCGAGUCGAAGAAACUUCCUCUGUAGUUAAGCCAGAUUCUAAGAAGUCUGUCAAAGAAGACACGGAGGACGUUCAACCAGCUCCUACUAGCAGCAUAGAUGAAGCAACUGAUUCGAAAAAGCCUGUAAAAGAAGACACGGAGGCUGUUAAACCAACUCCUACAAGCAGCGUAGAUGUAACUACUGAAGAAUUCAGUUCGGAAGUUACAGCAGUUGUUUCUGAACCAUCAACAGUAAUUACAGAGAUAGUAUCCUUAGACGUCGAGCAACCUUUGAACAGUGUUUCUUCUGAUUCUGUUGAAAAAACUGUGAGCAAUGUACCGAUGAGUUCUGAACAACCCAGCAGUGCUGAAGAGAAGAAUGUUAGUUCUGAAGGUCAACAUGAGGCACCCUCCGGUGCUACUCUGAACGAUAGCACUGAUGCCAACAUGAUCAAACCGCUAGCUGUGGAAAAAACAGAUGAGCCUGUUGCUCCCAAAGCAGUUAGUGAAGAGCUCAUUACAGUUAAGAAGGUGGUAGUAGAAGUCAGUAUUGAAGAACCUAUACCAGAAUCAGUCUCAAAAGAUUCAGAAAUUGAAGUUGUCGAAACUUCUCCAACAGAUAAAGAAUUACCAGCAGAAAGCAGUCUUGUGGAUCCUGAAACAAAAUUAUCUCCACAAUAUGUUGAAGAAGUUCAGAGGCCAAUGCAGGAGCCAACGCCUUCGGUUGGUUCGAGUACUUUGAAUACCGAGGCUACUGAAAAUAAACCUAGUGUCGAUCAAGCCUUAACAAAGGAUAAUUCUCCAACAUCUCAAGCCGCCGCAGUGGUUCCAAAACUGGUAGAAUCUACAUUUGAUAACGAAGUGCCAAAACUAGAAGAUAACGUAGCAGACGUUAAUCGGGUACCCACUGCAGUUGAUCCAAAGGAGGAGACGCUCAACAGCUCCUCUCCUAUUGAAGCUGCAGUACCAACUGAGUCACUUUCAACGUCUCAAAUUAUACCCGAUCAAGACCCGCAGUCAGGGAAACCUAGUGAAGUAGCUACAGGUCCUGUGAAAACUACUGACGAUUCGAAGGAUUCAGCACCAUUGACAGCUCCGGUCCAAACUCAGGCAGCAACUUACCUUGAAAGGGAGAAAACCCCGGAGCGUCCAACAGAUCUUAAGACGAACAAAGAAUCAACCGGAAGCGAAACGGGAAAGAAGGUUUUGGAUGCAGCCAAACUUGGACUGAUGGCCGUAGUUGGUGCACCGAUCUUAGCAGGAAAAGCAGUUGUCGAUGCUCUGAGGAAAGAUCGUUCCGAAGAGCUUGAAAAACCAAAACAGAAGAGCAAACCAGCUUCCGUUGUCGAUGCCACGACUGCAUUCCUGAAUAAUGAACGAUCACCCGGUGAUGGUCAGCGGGAGUUCCGAGACCUUGAGAAAACAAUUGGAGGUAUCCUAGAUCAAGAAGAUGCCGAUGGAAAGCUGAGGACUCCAGAGAAGCACGUCACCUUUGAUAUUGCCGAGAAAACACCAGAGCGCCGCCAGCCUAUCAAGGAUGAGCCUUACGAAAGGUUACCUCUCGGGGAAGCGAUCUCCCAAGGCAAAAUCAUUCCGAAGAUCUGUCGCGUGUUGGUAGAUGACAAGGAAAUGCCCUACACGGUUGAAGAGGGCCUUAAUGAUAGAAAUGUGAGAAUCUACGACAUUGUUGACGUUAUUUCCCAGGAGUUGGUUUCAUUCGUUGAAGGCGAACCUGAUGGCUUGGUCAUCGAUGAGUCGUUGACCAAGCAGAAGUUGAUCGAUCUAGGGGUGUACGAUCCGGAUACGGGCAGUUUCAUCAAUCCAGAUGACGGUGAUAAAAUGUCCUUCCGUGAUCUGAUCUACAACUCGGGUUUGAUUGAUCCAAAUACGGUGUUCGUGAAAGAUCUCGGUCGGGACCAAUACGAAACCUUAGAUGUAGCCCUUCAGAAACAUCUGAUUGAUAAGAAUAUGGGACACAUGUUGGACAAUAAAACCGGUAAGAAGGUCAAGUUUGUUGAGUGUUGUAAGCGAGCUUGGAUCAUCCAGAGAGAACCGUCUAGCGAAAACCUUGAUCAGUCACCUACGCUUUCUGAAGUAUUGGACGCUGGUCAGUUCAACCCACAAACUGGAGAAUUGGUGCAAAACAACCAAAGUGUUCCAAUUGCAGAGGCCCUACGCGCUGGAUUCAUUGACAACGAUUCAGUUUCGGUCAGAGAUCCAACCGACGGAGACGUUGUACCACUCCGUGUUGCGAUCGAGCGUGGAAUCAUCGACCUGAAGUUGGGUGUUAUCUAUAAUCGGGAAACGCAGGAGGAGAUUGAUUUGAACGAUGCGUACAACCGUGGUUUCAUGUUGGAGGGUAAGCGAAAGCCCAUUUCCCUAGAGGCAGCCGUUCGCAAGGGUCUGUACAAUCCGGAAUCUGGUUUGAUCUUGGAUACGAUCACCGAAGAAAUGGUUGACGUACAACAAUCGGUAGAUAAGGGUAUUGUUGAUCCGAAGAUUUCGAAUGUUAAGGACACUAGGGAGAACGUGUUGGUGCCUUUGCAGGAUGCUUUGGAUAAGAAGCUCAUCGAUAGUGAAUCUGGAAAGAUGAAGGAUACGGUAACGGACCAAUUGCUUCCGUUGGACGUAGCCUUGGAGAAGAAGAUGAUGGAAACGAAACAGGUCACACACAGUUUGAUCGAUGUAUUGAACAAAGAAUUCUAUGACCCUAGCUCGGGUAAGAUUUUGAACCCGGGCAAUGGGGAGGAGAACAUUUUGAAGGACGCGAUCGAUUCGCAGCUGGUAGAAAUCGAGAGUGUAUUGGUGAGGGACGAACAGAAAGACAAGGUCGUCAGAUGUGGGGAAGCCAUUGAAUCUGGGCUACUGGAUGAUGUUCGGGGUGUGUUGACAAGACCGGAGUUGACGCUCGAUCGUGCCUAUCAGAAGGGUUACAUUCUGAGCAAUAAGAAACCAAUUUCAUUGACAGAUGCUCUGCUACGGGGCUUCUAUGACCAGCAGAGUGGAUUAUUGCGCUUCGAUGGAGCGCCUGGAGUCACGCUAGAAAAGGCAAUCGCCGAUGGUGAGAUCUCCACGACUGAUUUGAUCGUUAGAGAUCCUAAGAGUAGAGGCGUUGUGAGCCUUUCGGAAGCUAUCCGUGGAGACCUGGUUGAUCCCGUGUCGGGCAUGGUGGUUGAUUCUGGAUCUGGCUUAAGCAUGGGUAUGAUGGACGCCCUGGAAAGAGGCAUCAUUGUAGUAGCUAAGCGAAGAUGCAGCUUACCGGAUGCAGUAUUCCGCGGUCUAUAUGAUCCCAAGUCCGGUCAGUUUAGCAGUACUACAACUCCGGAGAAAAUGUCCACGGAACGAGCAAUACGGCGUGGUAUGCUGGAUCCAGAAUCUACCAUUGUGAACGUUUCCGGUAAGAUUCAACCAUUUGAGCUUGCUAUUGAGAAUGGUACGGUAGAUGUUAAACGAGGUACCAUUCAGGAUGAAGCAGGUAAUAAGAUCGAUUUCAGGGAAGCCUUUGAUCGUGGUUUAUUGGUUGAAGUGAGGAAGCCAAUCAGUUUGAGUGAGGCUGUUGUGAAGGGUAUCUACAGGGAAAGUAGCGGUAUGUUUAUGGAUCCGAAGACUGGUAAAAAAUUGACAUUGGCUCAAGCGAUCGCCGAAAAGGUGAUCGAUCCAAAUUCAGUUCAGAUCAAGGAUCCUACUACCGGUUUCUACAAGGACUUGGACUUAGUGGAUGCCAUCGAGAGCGACUUGAUCAAUGGUCAAAACUCGAAUGUUAAGCAUAGUGGCGAAAAGAUUACGCUGAAGCAUGCCUUCGACAUUGGAUUGCUGUACGAUAGCAAGGCCCCGAUAAGUUUGCAGCGCGCGAUCCAUCAGGGCAUUUAUGACGAUAAGAGUGGAAAGAUUGUCGAUCCAAAGUCAGGACGUCAAAUUACUUUGCAUGAAGCGACCAGGAAGUUUGUUAUCAAUCCCCAGUUACCGUGCUACUUCAAUGAGAAGGAUGAAAUCAUGCUGAAUUUGUUUGAGACGUGUCGAGCGAAACUGAUCGAUCGACGAGAAGGUGUGUUCAAAGAACCGGGAAGUGAGGUGUUCAUUCCUUUGAACGAAGCUCUUGCUUUAGGGUUGAUCGUUGACAUCGAGAGCGCUGGAUUUGGGUUGUACGAAACACUUGCUAUGGGCUUCUACGAUAAGAAGAGUGGGAAGAUCAUUCAUCCGAUCACAAACCGAAAGAUCACAUUGGAGGAAGCUUGUAGGGAAGAUAUUGUGAAUACAGGUUCUUCCAUUGUCAAGAAUACAGUCACAGGCAAGUACGUCCGUUUGGAUGAAGCCAUAAGUGCCAAGAUAAUUGAUGAUCAAGAGGGAGUUUAUGUUCUUCCAAAGGGAAAUAGGAUCGAUUUGCAGGAAGCUAGACGAAAGGGUUUAAUUGUUACCAAUCAGAAGUUGCUGUCUUUGGAGAAGGCAAUCAAGCUUCAGUUGUAUAGGCAAGAUUCCGGAACGUUCCUUGAACCUAUUUCUGGUGAUCACAUUAAUUUGCAGGAAGCUCUAGAUAGUGGACUGUUAGACUUUGAGACUACGGUUUACAAGGAUGCAGUAACAGGGCAGGACAAGCCGCUUAAAGCGGCAAUCGCCGAUCAUGACAUAGACGUAGAGAAGGGUAAGGUGACAGAUAGGAAAAGCGAUAGAACGUACAACUUUGACGUGGCAUUCAAUAAGGGCUUGCUGGUUACGGUUCAAAGACCGAUAACCGGAAAGAUUCUCGAGAGGAAGGAAAGCAUAGAUAAUCUACUACAGGAAUCACCGCUAGGCAAAAGUCCGAAGGAGAUGAGCUUGAAGGAUGCUUUGCGACAUGACAUUUUGUCAAUCGAAAAGUCAGUGGUGAAGCAUCCAAAGAACCGGAUGUUCGUGCCUCUGAGGAUAGCAAUACAGGAGAACAUAAUUUCCGAGGAAAGUCGUGCCACGGUUGAUCCAAAACAGUCGUUCUUCGUGUUUGACGGUAGCAAAGUCGUAUUCGUACGGGAACCGUUGACAUUCGAUCAAGCGGUUGAAUCUAGUCUACUGGACCUGUCGACCGGUAAGUUCUUGUACAAAACUCCAACGAUUGGUGGUGGUGCGACGGAAAGCGAAGUGACUGAACUGUUGAACCUGAAAGACGCGAUCGGUCAAGGUUACAUCGAUCCCGAAUCGGUCCUACUGAAAGAUGGCGCUAAAAAGAAGUUCCUUCCUUUGCCGGAAGCGUUCCGCAAGGGACUGAUCGAUGCCGAUAAGUCGAAUGUGCUGGAUACCAACACAUCCAAGUUGACAACUCUCCAGACGGCAGUCGACAGCGGUCUGCUGAUUACUCCGAAGCGUGCAAUUUGUCUUAUGGAAGCUCUUGACUAUAGUUUGUACAAGGCCGAGCGUGGUACUUUCGAGGACCCGUUCCAUCCUAACCAACCCAAAACCCUAAACGAAACCAUUCAAUCCGGUUUAAUUGACCCAACAACAACAAUGGUACGUGACAUAAGUAACAAUAGUGUAAUUGUGCCGUUGCUAACCGCCGUCGGCAACGGUCUAAUCGACCCGGUUGGUGGACAUUUCAAUCUUGCAAGUGAACAAACUAAGAUAGAUCUCGUGAAAGCACGUGACCGAGGAUAUCUCAUUCAAGCAGAGCAAAGGCAAGCCGUCGUUGAAAAGUUCGCACUUUGCGAAGACCACCUGGCGAAACUGCUGGAAUGGAUUACCAAGGUCGAGCAGGACAUUGCUUCCGUUGGAGGACCGAAGGAACGCGUUGAUGACUUGAGAAACCAAAUCAAUUCGCUCAAGCAAAUCAAGGACGACAUAGAUGCUCAAUCCCGACCCGUAGCAUCGUGCCUGGAACAGGUCCGUCAACUGGUUCUCACCGGUGGAGAUGUGCUGAGCGCUCCAGAGGUAGCUGCCUUGGAAAGCUGCGGCCGUGAACUGCGUUCUCGGGUCGACAAAGCACAGGACCGCACCAGUAAGCUGCUUCGUCGUUUGGGUGCUGCUCGUGAUGAACUCGGAAAACUCCGUUCCGAAUUGGAUACCUUCUCCACAUGGUUGCAGACGUCCCGUCGAACACUGGAGGACAAGGAAAACACCCUGUCCGAUCUUAACCGUCUGUCCACACAGUCCGAAUCGGUGAAGGAAUUCCAUGGCGAUGUCGUUGCGCAUCAGGCUGAUCUUCGGUUUAUCACCAUGGCUGCGCAGAAGUUCGUCGAUGAGUGCAAGGAUUACCUAUCAGUGCUGAACGACUUCCGCACGACACUACCAGAGCGACUGCCACACAUCGAACAGGUGUCCAGCUCGGAUAGUCCGAUUCGUCAGGAAGUGUCCUUAGUCACUGCUCAGUACCGUGAUCUAUUGAACCGUGCCAAUGCUUUACUGGACCGUCUUGCAGGUCUUGGCGGUCGCCAACGCGACUACCAGGAAUGUUUGGAAAAGGUACGCUCUUGGCUGCGAGAUGUUCAACCCCGUGUCAGCGCGGUGCUAUCCGAUCCUAUUGCCGCCGAUCCACAAUCGGUUCAGGAUCAGAUGAAUCAAACCAAAGCGCUGCAGAGCGAGUUCAUGUCUCAGGGACGCCUCAUCGAUAACGUACAACACAGUCUGGACGCUCUACUGAAAUCACUUGCCGGACGUCUAAGCCCAUCUGAAGUGUCCGCCCUGGAAAUUCCGGUUGAAGAUGUCAAGAAUAAAUACAACCAAUUGCUGGGAGCUUUGGGAGAUCGCUCAAAACUCUUGGACACGGCUUUGGUUCAGUCACAAGGUGUUCAAGAUGCCCUCGACGGCCUAUCCGGCUGGAUCAACCAGUCUGAAGACAAAUUCAAAGUACAAAACCGUCCAGCGUCUCUUAUCAAAGAACGCCUCAACGAACAAGUACGUGAACAUCGUGGCCUGUUGAAUGAUCUUGAGUCGCAUCGCACCAGUUUGGAAAGCGUUACACUAUCAGCUCGCGAGCUAAUGGCUAACGCUUCAAAUGCCCGUCUUGCCAAGAGAAUAGAAACCAACUUAAGCGACGUAACCGGUAGAUUCGAGAAAUUGCUGGACAAGGCCCUGAAGCGUGGAGAAUUCCUCGAAGAUACUCUAGCUCAGCUCAAUAAGUUCAACGAAGAUGCAGCCAGUUUGGAGCAAGAACUUUCCAACCUUCAGGAAGCUCUCGAUGGACGAGAGCUGGCUUCUCUGCCAGCAGACACCUUGAUGCAGCGUAUGAUCGAGUUGUCUAGAAACAAGGAACAUCUUCGCCCAAUGUACGAGAAUUGUGUUAGGCUCGGCAAAGACUUAAUUGCCAAACGCGACGUCACUGACACUGGUGUGGUUCGAGAUCGUAUCAAAGCGCUGGAGAACGCCUGGAAGAAUCUGGAUGUAACUCUCGAGGAGAAGCUUAAAUUGUCGAAACAGAAGGCCGAACAGUUGAACGCCUACGAAGACCUUAAAGAUCAAGUUCUGGUAUGGCUAUCGAGUAUUGAAACCAGAACAAACAACAUGGCUCCAGUUUCAGUAGAUGUUGAAACGAUCAAAUAUCAGAUCGAGGAAGUGAAACCGUUGAUCAAGGAACAUCGUGACUAUGCUGUAACCGUCGAUAAAGUCAACGACUUGGGAGCUCAGUACGAUGCCUUAGUGCGUCCGGACAGUCCAACCCGGAAACGUUCCGUCUACAGCCCAAUCAAACGAUCGACCGUCAGCCCAAUGCGCCGAAUGUCGGGAGAUGCGCGAUCACCCAGCCCUACUAAGGGUCUACUAGUGGGACAAAGCCCUACUGUGUCCCCGCUAUCUCCCGGUGGAUCGAGCGGAUUCGGUAGUCGGCGAUCAUCGCAAGAUGGUUUCCAGCUAACCGAUCUCACACCGAUCCAGCAACAGCUGACGGAGAUCAACAAUCGGUACAGUUUGGUUGGUGCACGUUUGAACGAUCGCCAGAACGAGCUCGACUCCGUGAGAGAUGAAGUCCGCAAACAUCAGGAGAGCUUGAAAACUUUAGCCAACUUCUUGGACAAGAUCCAACGUCAAGUGCCCAAAGAAGUCAUUAGCAACAAGGACGAAGCAGAACGGUGCAAUAAGCAGGCUCGCAAGGUUCUGGAAGAAAUGUACGAGAAACAGAGUUUGCUUGAUUCUACCAAAGCACAAGUGAAGGAUCUGCUGAAACGCAAACCUGACGUGCAGGGUGCUGACCGCCUGCGCUCGGAACUGGACGCUGUGGCUGAUCGUUGGAAGAAUCUACACGAUCUAUGCAAGGAUCGCAUCAACUUCUCCGAACAACUGCGUGAUUUCCUGGAUACACAUGACAAUCUGAACACUUGGCUCGGAGCUAAGGAACGUAUGCUGACCGUGCUUGGACCGAUUUCUUCGGAUCCACGCAUGGUGCAAAGCCAAGUUCAGCAGGUGCAAGUACUCCGCGAGGAAUUCCGUGGCCAGCAGCCGCAGUUGAAUCACUUACAGGAAGUCGGUAACACUGUGCUCGAAUAUCAGCGAGAAUCAUCUCCUGAAGGACAAUCGGUGGCCUCUAAAUUGAAGAACGUCCAGAAGAAAUGGGAUGAUCUUGUUAGUCGUCUGGAUGAUCGUGCUCAAAGCCUGGGAGCUGCUGCUGAUACUUCCAAGGAGUUCGACGCUGGUCUCAACCGUCUGCGAGAAGCUUUGCAGAACAUAAGCGACAACCUGGAUGCUCUUCCAACCGAUCGCGAUCACCAGGAAACAUUACGAAAGAUAGAAAACUUGGAACGUCAACUCGAAGGACAGCGUCCUCUUCUGGCAGAUUCAGAAGCGGCCGGUGAAGCUCUAUGCCGCGUUCUCAGCGAUCCAGCUUCUCGAGCGGACGUCAACGCACGUUUAGCUGCCGUUGGAAAGCAAUAUCAGAAUCUACAGAAGAAACUGGACAACCGGAAGGCAGAAACCGAUUCCGCUCUGCGAGAUGGACGUCAGUUCGCUGAGACUUGCGCUCGUACUCUUGGCUGGCUGUCGGGAGAGCUGGGCAACCUGACGGAUCGCCUGCUGGUAUCCGCUCAUCGUCCAACUCUGCAGCACCAGAUCGAAACUCAUGAACCGAUCUAUCGCGAAGUUAUGAGCCGCGAACAUGAAGUCAUUAUGCUGCUGAACAAAGGACGUGAACUGCAGGAAAAACCAGGACAGCUCCCCGAUCGUACUGUGCAGCGUGAUCUGGAGAAGAUCUCUCAACAAUGGGAACGCCUGCGUAACACUGCGGUUGAUCGACACUCGCGACUGCAAACCUGUAUGGAACACUGUAAGAAACACUCAGCUGCAUCAGAAACGUUUUUGGCUUGGCUGCGUGGAGCAGAAGACAAACUGGCCUCAUUCAAGCCUGGUAUUCUGAAGAAAUCGCAACUUGAUCAACAGUUGAAGGAACUGCAGACAUUCCGUUCGGACGUCUGGAAGAGAUCGGGCGAGUAUGAAAACACACGUGGUCUGGGUGAAUCCUUUAUCGGAGCGUGUGAUGUUGACAAAGAUCCCAUCAAGGUUGAGCUGCAGGAUAUGAAGGACCGCUGGGAACGUUUGAACAAUGAACUGCUUGCUCGUGCUCAAACUUUGGAAACAUGUGCCAAACGUUUGGGAGAUUUCAACGAAGAGCUGCGUGAUCUCGAACAUGCCGUUGGUCGCUGCGAAGAUCGUCUGGCUGCGCAUGACGCUUUAGGAGGUGCUGCUAAGGAUCCCAAGUUGUUGGACCGCGUUAAAACCAUCAAGGAGGAUGCUUCAGCCCUGCGUAAACCCCUUCAGGCGAUUCGUAAGUUGGCAAGCGAUAUUGCAGUUGAAGCCCGCGCUGCCGGCGGAGAUGGUGAUCAUCUAAAGAGUGAGGUUGAUGGAAUCGGCGAUCGCAUUGAAGAUCUUCAUGCUCGAUUGGAUGACCGAUGCGGUGAGUUGCAAUCCGCUGCUACCGCAGUAUCGCAGUUCAACGAUGCAGUCAAGGCUUUGGGCGUGGAUUUGAAUGAUCUGGAAAAUCAAAUCGAUUCAUUGAGUCCACCUGCUCGAGAAAUCAAGACGGUAAUGAACCAACUGGAUGAGGUAGUCGGCAUUUUGAGCAAGAUUGAUCGUACCGCUGAUCACGUCGCUAGUGUCGAACGCGCUGGUGAACAGCUAGUUGAUUCUGGAUUCGCUCCAGAUACAGCUAGCACUCGGGAUCAGAUCGGGACAUUGAGGAGACAGCUUGGAAAACUGGAGAAUCGCACUCGCGAUCACGAUGAUGCGCUGCAGAAGGCUUUGAAAUCCCUGCAGAUAUUCUACGAUCUGCAUCAGAGUACGCUGGAUGAUUUGAACGAUGUGGCUGAUCAAGUGAAGAAAUUGAAACCGGUCAGUUCGGAAUUGGAGCAGAUCCGACACCAACAGGAUGACUUCCGUCGAUUCAAACAACGCCAUGUGGAACCGUUGAUUCUGAAUAUCGAUGAGGUGAAUCGCAGCGGACAGGACUUGAUCCGCUCGGCUCAAGGUGGUGUUCCCACGGGAGUUUUGGAGAAAGAUCUGGAAAGGAUCAACGAAAAGUGGAAUGACCUCAAGGAAAAGAUGAACGAACGUGAUCGUCGAUUGGAUGUUGGAUUAUUGCAGUCGGGUAAAUUCCAGGAAGCCUUGGAUGGUCUUUCAAAAUGGCUCAAAGAUACCGAAGAGAUGGUCGCCAAUCAAAAACCACCAAGUGCUGAUUAUAAGGUAGUUAAGGCGCAGUUGCAAGAACAGAAAUUCCUCACAAAGAUGUUGAUGGAUCGCCAGAAUUCGAUGUCUUCGUUGUUCCAGCUCGGUCAAGAGGUUGCUGCCGGUUGCGAUGCUUCGGAGAAGGCCGCAAUUGAACGUCAACUGAAGGAACUGAUGGGUCGUUUCGACGCCCUGACUGACUCUGCUCAGACUCGUACUCUGGACCUAGAACAGGCUAUGCAUGUUGCCAAGCAAUUCCAAGAUCAGCUGAAUCCGCUCACGAAGUGGUUGGAUGGAGCCGAACGUACUGUGAAAGCAAUGGAAUUGGUACCAACCGAUGAAGAAAAAAUCCAACAGCGCAUUCACGAACAUGAACGUAUGCAUGACGAGAUCCUCUCUAAACAACCUGACUUCAGUGAGUUGGCAGACAUUGCCGGACAGCUAAUGGAACUGGUUGGUGAUGACGAAGGAGUGGUACUUAGUGAAAAGGUGAAGAACACCACAGAUCGAUAUACCGAUUUGGUGCACGCCAGCGAGAAUAUUGGACACGUGCUGAAUGAAUCUCGCCAAGGUCUGCGUCAUCUGGUACUAACCUACCAGGAUCUGGUUUCAUGGAUGGAGAACAUGGAAAAUCGUCUGCAACGGUUCCGGAUCAUUCCGGUGCAUACCGAAAAGUUGCUAGAACAGAUGGAUCUCUUGGUAGAACUCAACGAAGAUAUUGCCAGCCGAUCACCGAACGUAGAAUCUACGGUUGAAGCUGGAUCGGAACUGAUGAAGCACAUUUCAUCGGAUGAAGCACUGCAACUGAAGGACAAGCUUGACUCACUGCAGCGUCGUUAUGGAGAACUUACGACAAAAGGAGGAGACCUUUUGAAACACGCACAAGAUGCACUGCCAUUGGUGCAGCAGUUCCAUCAGUCCCAUAUCCGUUUGGUUGACUGGAUGCAAGCUGCUGAAUCUACUCUAGCCACUGGGGACUCUAACGAAACUGAUAUCGUUCGUCUGGAGGGUGCCCUAAGCGAAAUGAGACCGGUUCUGGAAACUGUCAACUCGGUUGGUCCUCAGCUAUGCCAGAUUUCACCUGGAGAAGGAGCUUCGACCAUUGAAGGAAUCGUUACCCGUGACAACCGUCGUUUCGAGGCAAUUGUCGAGCAGAUUCAGCGCAAGGCCGAACGUCUACACCUUAGUAAACAACGGUCCGAUGAAGUUACUGCCGAUAUCGAUGAACUGCUUGAAUGGUUCCGCGACAUGGAUGCUACUCUUCGUGAUACUGAUCUACCGGCAAUGACACCCAAGCUGGUACGAGCACAAUUGCAAGAACACCGCUCAAUCAACGAUGACAUCUCAAGCCAGAAAGGACGCGUACGUGAUGUCACUUCGGCUGCGAAGAAGGUUCUCCGAGAAUCACAACCCAAUGAAAACACCAUUGCUCUGCGUGAGAAGUUGGAAGAUCUGAAGGAAGUGGUCGAUACGGUAGCUGGACUCUGCUCGAACCGUUUGGCUAUACUUGAGCAAGCUCUACCGUUGUCGGAACACUUUGCCGAUUCGCACACUGGCCUGGUCACAUGGUUGAACGACAUGGAGCAUCAAAUCUCCAUGCUUGCAAUGCCAGCUCUUCGUCCCGACCAGAUUGCCAUCCAACAGGAUAAGAACGAACGAUUGACUCAAUCGAUCUCCGAGCACAAACCACUUUUAGAUAAGCUGAACAAGACCGGAGAAGCGUUGAUGGCUCUGGUAGCCGAUGACGAUUCUGCCAAGAUCAGUGAAAUCCUAGAAUCGGACAACGCUCGCUACGCUGCCUUACGUACGGAGCUACGCGAACGCCAGAAUGCAUUAGAACAAGCUCUGCAAGAAUCUAGUCAAUUCUCGGACAAACUGGAAGGUAUGCUACGUGCCCUACAGAACACUGCCGAGCAGGCCAAUCAGGCCGAUCCAAUUUCCGCCCAUCCACCAAAGAUUCGCGAUCAGAUUGAGGAGAACGUUGCUCUGGUUGAAGACAUUGACAAGCGAGGUGAAGCUUUCGCCGCCGUUAAACGUGCCGCUACAGACGUGAUCUCGAAGGCUACCAACCAAGCGGACCCAGCUGUCCGAGACAUUAAGAAGAAGUUGGAGAAAUUGAACAACCUAUGGAACGAGCUGCAAAAGACAACCUCCAAACGUGGAUCUGCUCUGGAUAACACCCUAUCCGUAGCUGACAAGUUCUGGAAGGAGAUGCAAGCCGUCAUGGAGACGCUGAAGGAACUACAGGAAGCGCUCCAGACUCAGGAACCUCCAGCUGCUCAGCCACAGGCCAUCCAGAAACAGCAGGUCGCUCUGCAAGAAAUCCGCCAGGAGAUUGAUCAAACCAAACCGGAGGUGGAACAGGUCCGCCGUACCGGUAGCAACCUGAUGUCGCUCUGUGGAGAACCAGACAAACCAGAGGUUAAGAAACACAUCGAAGAUCUGGACCACGCUUGGGACAACAUUACUGCUCUGUACGCCAAACGCGAAGAGAACCUGAUCGAUGCCAUGGAGAAGGCCAUGGAAUUCCACGAGACGCUGCAGAAUCUGCUGAGCUUCCUGGUCAAGGCCGAGGAUCGGUUCCAGAAGCUGGGCCCACUUGGAUCAGACAUUGAAGCCGUCAAGAAGCAGAUUGAACAGCUGAAGCACUUCAAGGAUGACGUCGAUCCACAUAUGGUAGAGGUUGAGGCGUUGAAUAGGCAAGCGGUUGAUCUAACUGAACGUACCUCAGCCGAGCAGGCAAGUGCCAUCCGUGAACCACUGAGCUCGGUUAACCGCCGCUGGGAGAAUCUCCUUCGUGGAAUGGUCGAACGACAGAAGCAGCUGGAGCACGCUCUUCUUCAUUUGGGCCAGUUCCAGCAUGCUCUGAACGAGCUGUUGGUCUGGAUCAACAAGACCGAUGCCAAUUUAGACGAACUGAAAGCAAUUCCGGGAGAUCCACAGUUGCUGGAAGUUGAGCUGGCUAAGUUGAAGGUGCUGGCCAACGAUAUCCACGCUCAUCAAAGUUCGGUGGAUACGUUGAAUGACGCUGGCAGGAAGCUGAUCGAGAACGAUCGUGGAUCGUUGGAGGCUUCCACUACGCAAGAUAAGCUGCAGCAGUUGAACAAGCAAUGGAGAGAUCUGCUGCAGAAGGCAUCUGAUCGCCAACAUGAGCUGGAAGAAUCGCUGCGUGAUGCUCAAGCGUUCACCGCUGAAAUCCAAGAUCUUCUGGGAUGGUUGGGAGAUGUGGACGCUAUCAUUGGCGCUAGCAAGCCUGUUGGUGGACUACCGGAAACUGCUUCCGAACAACUGGAACGAUUCAUGGAGGUUUACAAUGAGCUAGAGGAAAAUAGACCAAAGGUUGAAACGUUGAUCGCACAAGGACAAGAAUACGUACGCAAACAGACGCAGCUGCAGGUUUCGGCUAGUAAUCUACAGCAUACGUUGAGAACACUGAAGCAACGCUGGGAUGCUGUAGUUUCUCGAGCUUCCGACAAGAAGAUUAAGUUGGAGAUUGCUCUGAAGGAAGCUACCGAGUUCCACGAUGCUCUACAAACAUUCGUAGAAUGGUUAACUCAAGCGGAAAAACAACUGUCCUCUGCUACGCCAGUUUCCCGUGUACUUGAAACGAUUCAGCAGCAGAUGGAAGAACACAAAAUCCUGCAGAAGGACGUUUCCAUCCACCGCGAAUCGAUGCUCUUGCUGGAUAAGAAGGGAACUCAUCUGAAAUACUUCAGCCAGAAGCAGGACGUCAUUCUUAUCAAGAAUCUCCUGGUUUCGGUGCAACAUCGUUGGGAACGUGUGGUGGCUAAGGCUGCCGAACGAACUCGUGCCUUGGAUCAUGGCUACAAAGAAGCCCGCGAAUUCCACGACGCUUGGCUGCAGCUGAUUACGUGGUUGAAGGAAACUGAGACCACGCUGGACACGCUUGCUGAGGAGUCAACCAACGAUGCGGUCAAGAUAAAGAAGCACUUGGAAAAACUUCGGGAGAUUCAACGUCAGUUGCAAUCGAAGGAAAGCUUCUACGAUGGAACAAUGCGCAAUGGCAAGGGCUUGAUGGACCGUGCUCCGAAGAGCGAUGACCCGGUGCUAUCGAAGAUGAUGAAUGAAUUGAAGGAUUCAUGGAAACGUGUGUGUCACAAGAGCGUCGAACGUCAACGCAAGUUUGAGGAGGCUUUGUUGCUAUCUGGACAAUUUGCUGAUGCUCUGCAGGCACUACUCGAAUGGUUGCGCAAGGCAAAGGUCCGACUUGCCGAGGAUGGCCCAGUGCAUGGUGAUUUGGAUACGGUGACAACCCUUUUCGAUCACCAUAAGCAGCUGGAGUCGGACCUGGACAAACGCUCAGCACAAAUGCAAAGCGUCAUGAAGACUGGCAAGGAUCUUGAAAAGUCCGACGAAACUCGGGAGACUAGCAAGAACCUUAAAGAAUUGCAAAAACUGUGGGACGAUGUUCAGGAUCUGAGCGCCCGUCGCAAGUCACGUUUGGAGGUGGCGUUGAAGGAAGCGGAACGCCUGCACAAAUCUGUUCAUAUGCUUCUGGAAUGGUUGUCUGAGGCCGAACAGAAGUUGCGUUUCGCCGCCGCUGCUCCGGACGAUGAAGCCCAAGCCAAUGAUUUGCUGGAUGAGCAUUCUCGCUUCAUGAAGGAGUUACGCGAGAAGGAGUUCGACAAGGAGGAAACCCUCGGACUGGCCAACUCCAUUCUGGGUAAGGCUCAUCCGGACGCGAUUCCAAUCAUCAAGAACUGGAUCUCGAUCAUCCAGUCCCGGUGGGACGAGAUUUCCCAAUGGGCACUGAGCCGUCAGACCAAGUUGGAAUCGCAUCUGAAGUCGCUCAAGGAUCUGGACGAAUCGAUCGAGGAACUGUUGGCUUGGUUGGCCGGACUGGAAGCGACGCUGUUGAACCUGGAACAGGAACCACUGCCGGACGAGAUUCCACCGUUGGAAGCUCUGAUUGCCGACCACAAGGAAUUCAUGGAGAACACUGCCCGCCGUCAAGGCGAGGUGGAUCGUGCCUGCAAGCCACGUCAACCGCCACCAGGGUUGAAGGAAGCGCGAAAACCGUCCCGCGGUGUGCUCAAGACACCAGUAAGAGGAUCACAACCAGAUUUGCGCGAACAUUCGCCUGACUACGGCACCCUAGGACGAAAGCAAAGUUUCAAGGGAUCACGCGAUCAAGGGCUUAAUUCACGUCGUACAAGUCGUGUGAGUCCUGGACGCGAAACCCAGACGCCGGAACGGGAUCGCCUGCCGCACUAUGGUCCACGAUUUUCGCCAAGCAAUCAACCCGAAGCGGAGCUCCGUUCCCCGCGAGCCAAGCUCCUGUGGGACAAGUGGCGCUACGUGUGGAUGUUGGCAUGGGAACGCCAGCGUCGUCUGCAUGACCAUCUCCUGUACCUGCAAGAUCUGGAACGCGUCCGGCAGUUCAGCUGGGAGGAAUGGCGCAAACGUUUCCUCAAGUUCAUGAACCACAAGAAGUCCCGCCUGACGGAUCUAUUCCGCAAGAUGGACAAGGACAACAACGGACUGAUCCCGCGGGAAGUCUUCAUCGAUGGAAUCAUCGGAACGAAAUUCGACACCUCGAAGCUGGAAAUGAACGCCGUGGCCGAUUUGUUCGACCGCAACGGAGAAGGACUGAUCGACUGGCAGGAGUUCAUCGCGGCACUUCGACCGGACUGGCAAGAUCGCAAGCCAAAGACCGACGCAGACAAAAUCCACGACGAGGUCAAACGGUUGGUGAUGCUGUGUACGUGUCGACAGAAGUUCCGAGUAUUCCAGGUCGGCGAAGGCAAAUAUCGGUUCGGAGACUCCCAGAAGCUGCGUCUAGUGCGUAUUCUACGAAGUACUGUGAUGGUUCGCGUCGGAGGUGGAUGGGUAGCACUUGACGAAUUCCUGGUCAAGAAUGAUCCUUGUCGAGCCAAGGGACGCACCAACAUCGAGUUGCGUGAGCAAUUCAUCCUGGCCGACGGCGUAUCGCAAUCGAUGGCUGUCUUUAAGCCGCGCAUGUCCGGCUCAGCUGGUUCGGGAUCGACUCAAACGGGCUCACCCAUCCCGACCCAGGGCCCGAUUGUGAAGGUACGAGAACGUUCGUCGAAAUCGAUUUCGAUGUCGCGACCGUCUCGAUCGUCACUGUCGGCCUCCACACCGGAUUCGCUUAGUGAUAACGAAAGUAGCUUAGGAACUCCAGGACGUUUCCAGACGCCCAGCCGUAAAACUUCAGUGCCAAUCAAAUCUCAGAUGACCCCCGGUGGAUCGAGAGCAAACUCGAGACCUAGCUCCCGGCCGGCAAGCCGUGCCGGAUCGAAACCACCGUCCCGUCACGGAUCGACACUGUCGUUGGAUAGCACCGACGAUGCCACCCCGUCAAGAAUCCCAACCCGGCGGCUAACCAGUACAACGACUACUCCCAGGCCAUCGCGACUGUCGGUAGGUUCGACAACAAGUGGCACCACUCGAAUCGCAUCAACCACGAAUGGCGUCUCAUCGAGGACGGCAUCGGGUGCCGCUUCGCCUGCCCCCACAAGAAACGGUGGCAUGAGUCGAUCAUCAAGCAUACCAACACUAGUAGGACUACCAAAUAGCAGGAAAACGAGCGGAACGUCCACUCCGUCCGGAAUGCAGACCCCCAGGCGGACAUCGGUGGAACCACAAACGCCGGGCCGAAGCUCCCGGGGAACGACCCCCUCGACCGAGAAGCGUGCCCCGUUUAGACUUUAAGACCCCUCUCGAGAAAAAAAGAAGCGGAAAAGACGACGAACGAAACUCGAAAAACAAAAUCUAACCAAUAACCCCACCACUAGAGAGGAAACAGCAACUGGAUUAAGUCUAACGCUGAAGAAGAAGAAGAAUAAGAUGGAGAAAAGUGUGUCGCCACAUACUAAUCAGUUCAAAGUAUUUUCUUGUUUUCGUUUUUUUUUUCUUUACGUACAAUUAGGGUUUGCUUUUAUUCUUCGCCAAGGAGAAUUACAAAUUUGCAAUACUAAUCAAUGAUGAUUAGGGCUUUUCGGAAGUUUGUGAGGGCGAAAAUUUACUUUUUCAGUUCAAACUACCAGUGAAAGAGAGGAGAGUGAGAAUGAGCAUAGCAGAGUCCCCUACUGAAAGGAGAAAGAGUUGAGACAAAAGCAGCUAAAAGAAGAGCAAAAUGUAAAUAUUUUAGAGUAGCAACGGGAUAAAAGAUGUAAAAAGUUAAUUCUUGCGAGAAAAAAAAAAGUCCAGUUUGAUUUAGCGCAGUGUACCUACCGUAUUCAGUUUGAAAUUGAAAUUGAAAUUUUAUCGGCAACCAAUGGACGGAUUAUCCGAUUGAGAUUGACAACGGGACGUUGAAUAGGGGACUAUAAAUUGUGUUUUUCGGGGAGGAUCGGAGGAAUGGCCAUCGAAGAAAAUCGCCAGUUCUCCGGUUGCAAUUUCUCCAACCCCCUUGAAAGGCACUAAAAUGAGCGGAUAUACAUUAACAUGUGUUCAAAUGAUCGGAUCGAAUGGGUGAGCUGUGUGUGGAAAGAAAGUGUUGUUUUUGUUUGUAUUUUUUUAUUUAUUAUUUAUACAAGAUGUAGAACAUGUAAGAUUUUUUUUUUGUUUUCACGUUUUUUUUUCAACCCUGGCUGAAAAGCACUAUUGGCUCGAUGGAAAGAGGAUCGCCAGCCUUUUCCAGAGAUCGAAUGGAUGACACGCUGGGUGAAUAUUAUGUUUUUUUUACCAUGCAACGAGAGAUGCUCUUUCGAAUGAAGAUUCAUAGUAGCCGUCUAAGGGUGAAGUAAAAUCGCCAGUUUUCUUCUCGCUUGAACAGUUACUAGCGAAGAAUCUUUUUGGCGUGACAGUAUCUCGUUCGGAAUUUGAUGACAUUUUUCGAGUUUGCUAUGUAGAUGAACUAGCAACUGGGUUCAAGCUUUCAAAUACUGAAUAAUUGCCGAAAUAAUACUAGGAAAUAGAAAAAAAAGGAACACACACGUUUAAGCAGUUAUUAAUUCAUUAACUACAAAAAAAAGUCAUUUAGUUGCGUAAGAUCACAAUAUUAUUAGGAAUAUUAUGCAAAUAUUAAUUGAUUAACUAAUGCGAGCAAAUGCUAAGCUGUUUUUGUAAUUGAAGUUUAAAUAGUUUUUUAUACAAAAAUGAAAAAAAGAAGAAAAAUAUCACAUAAAAACGAAUAAUUCCUAGGAUAAUGACAGACGAAAAGGGAAAAAAAAGCAUAAGACAGACUACUACUAGCUUACAAAUUAACUUCACCGAUUUUUCAGCUAUAGCAGUUAAACUUUUACUACAUGUGAUUCAAAAUGUAACAAGAAAGAAAAAAAAACUCAUAAAAAUAAUAAACGAAAAUGAAUAAUCCAACAA